AUGUCUGCUCCCAACCUCUCCACCAUCAAUUAUGACAUGUUUGUUCUGAUUGGCAUCCCUGGCCUAAAGGAUAUGCAUCUGUGGAUCUCCAUCCCCUUCUGCCUGAUGUACCUGGUUGCUGCAUCAGGAAAUCUCAUCCUGAUCUUUGUGGUGGCUGCUGAGCGCAGUCUCCAUGAGCCCAUGUACCUCUUCCUGUCCAUGCUGGCAUUCUGGGACCUGAUCCUGUCUACUUCUACUGUGCCCAAGGCCCUGGCCAUCUUCUGGAUGGAUGACACAAGCAUCUCCUUUGGGGGCUGCGUCACUCAGCUCUUCUUCAUGCACUUUGCCUUUGUGGUGGAGUCAGGAAUCCUGCUGGCCAUGGCCUUUGACCGCUACGUGGCCAUCUGCUACCCACUACAGUAUACCACCAUCCUCAAACACAGCGUCAUUGGCAAAAUUGGGGGCAUUGUAGUGUUCAGGAGCUUUGCUACCGUCUUCCCUAUUGUCUUCCUGCUGAAGCGCCUGCCCUUCUGCCGUACCAACAUCAUCGCCCACACGUUCUGUGAACACAUGGGCCUGGCCAAGCUGGCCUGUGCAGAUAUUACCAUCAAUAUCUGGUAUGGAAUUUCUGUGCCCUUGCUCAGUGUCAUGCUCGACAUGGUGGUCAUUGUCAUCUCCUAUAUUCUCAUCCUCCGGGCAGUUUUCAGACUACCUUCCAGAGAUGCCCGGCUCAAGACACUGAGUACAUGUGGGUCCCACGUCUGUGUCAUUCUCAUGUUCUACCUUCCAGGGAUUUUCACUGUCAUUGCUCAGCGCUUUGGCCGGAAAAUCCCUAGGCACGUGCACAUUCUACUGGCUAAUCUCUAUGUGCUUGUGCCUCCCAUGAUGAACCCAAUUAUUUAUGGGGUCAAAACCAAACAAAUCAGAGAGCGAGUAGCCCUUUUUCACAUGGGUAGGAUUUAA